AUUAGUGAUGUCAAAUUGACUUGUUGGGUAUCCGACUCUCCGAACCCUUUCGUGAUUACGUAGAGCCCUAGAAGGAUCUUCAAAUGCUGCGAUAUCUCCGUCUUCCUGCCGAAGCAUCGAAAGAGUGCAAACAAUCUCCCAUCCGGUCUGUCCUGACCUCCUCCGUCCUUCGAAUCAACAGACUCACCAUUGGUUUCAUGACUACCGCAACUCUCCACCUUCGCCCAGGGUUGAUCCAAUCCCUGAGAGCCAGUUCUCAACCCCACGUUUCCAGGAGAGCAUCGGUUCGCCAUUCCCUGUCUCUUGGACCUGGUUCCUUUAACAAGCACAUUGGUCCGGAAAUUAGCUUGCGGAGACGCGAUCCGCGAAGUUCUUUGCUUCCUGUUGCGGCGGCUGUUGAAGAGGAUAUUGGGGAUAUCUCCUUUUCACUUGAGGAUCAGGGGGGUUAUGGAGGGAGUGGUUAUAUAAUUUCUUCUAGUGAAGGAGAGGACAGCGAUAUUGAUGCCUUCCUUACUCCUUUUGCUGAAACUGAAUUGCCAUCGAGCAGGGAACGCUUUGAAACUCCCAAUGCUGCACUGACCUUGUCCGCCCACCGGUUGGCAACCAUUCAAAAAGGCUAUAGAAAGAAUAGGACUCGAAGAGGAGUCAUCCUUACCUUGGGAUUGAUAGUCUUCAUGACAUUAUUUCUUUUAUUUGUUGAUUGGUGCUCAUGGAGGAUUGUUAGGCUACCUCUGGAGCCAUUUUUUUUGACAUGCCCAUUUUCUAUAUCAGCAUUUUUGUCAGCAUGCAUUGGAUUUUUGUUUGUUGCUAUUGUUGAUGGCCUGAAAAUACAUCAGAUAAUUAAGAGAGAAAGAUCUCUCAGUUCCCUUAAAACGUCAAUACCUACAAUUGGCGGCUUAUUUUUUCUUCCAGUUGGGAUCACCACUUGGAGAGCUGUAAUAGGACAUAAUUCUAUCCUUGUUACUGGAGUAGCUGCAGCGACUCUGGGUUUUGCAGCAAUUGGGUUGCUUGAUGAUAUUUUCCAAUUUACCAUGAUGCAUAAGUACAAAUUACCGGGAUGGCUGAAAUUAUUAUUGCAUGUAGCAGUUGGGAUGUGGUUUUCAGUUUGGCUGGAUACAGCCAAUUUACCAACACCAUACAGCAUGAAGUUCUUAGUUCCUCUGCCUCCACCAUACGGGCUUGUUCAUCUGGGAAAGUGCUAUCGACUAUUGACACUAUUUUGUUUUGUUGCCAUGCCCAAUGCCGUUCGCUUAACCGAUGGAGCCGAUGGCUUAGUUGGUGGGGUUUCUGCUUUGGCCUUUGUUGGGAUGUCAAUUGCUGUUCUUCCAAUUUCUCCUGAGCUUGCUGUCUUUGGAGCCUCCAUGGCUGGAGCAAGUGUGGGGUUUCUUUUCCACAAUCGAUACAAGGCUUCUAUACUCUUAGGUGAUGUAGGGUCAUUGGGAUUGGGUGGAGCACUUUCGGUGAUGGCUGCUUGCACGGGGAUGUUUUUUCCUUUAUUUAUAUCCUCCAGUGUUUUUAUUCUUGAAGGAUUGUCUGUGGUACUUCAGGUUAUUGUUCUGAAAACUAUAAUUCGUCGAAAAGGGGUUGCCAGACUCGUCUCCCGUGUAGCCCCUCUGCACCAACAACUAAAGCUAUUCGGAUUAAAAGUACCCUUCAUUGUCGCGAGUGCGUACGUUGUGUCGAGCUUCUUGGCUAUAUUUGCUGGAUAUGUUGGCUUAGUUUCGGCUUGAGUUAUAGAGCUCCAUUUCCACAUCUUAUGGUAGCACUCAUAUAGCAGAGGGCUCGCUACAUAAUCGGCUACAUGAUUGGCUACAUAAUCAGUCACAGGUGCGCUUGCAACUUUAUUCAUCUGUUGUUUUUCAAAUUGAUUUUUUUUGGCGAAAAAAAGCCUCAUAAUAAUCAUUUUUUGUAAGCAAAUUAUAUGAAACUUGACUUAUUCCUGAGUCCUGAC